CAGCCUCACUAACGCAAUGUUGAGUGGGAAAGAGCGAACAUUUAAAAUGGUAUUAUGCUUUUGAAAAGGUGACCUCAAGCUUGGAACUCGAGCAGAUGCUGUGAAUAGCAGAGUGAAAGGACUUAGUGAUCCAUGAGUGGUUCAAUAGUAUGUGGGGACAAUAAAUCAGUCAGAGGUAAAAGAGUUCUACAGCAAAGUUUUGGUGCAGGACAAACACAGAACAGUCUAGAGCACGGCAGCGGCCAGAACUGAGGCAGACAGAGAGACCAUUCAUUGGUGGUGGAGGAGAACUGGGUGCUGGUGUUCCCUGCGGAAAACUAGAUACUGGAGGAACAAUGGCCAAUGAAGAAGUCCCAUGGUACGGGGGCAUCCAUGCAGUGUACCACAGACAUUGAGGAUAUGCCUCUGCAUAACUUGUGAUGGGACAUUUAACCGAAGGUUAUCCAAAAACUAAAUUCCAAGGAAAAUGUCAGUGGUGAAAUAACAUUGCCCUUACUCCCACAAAUUGUGCAGAGGUUAGUGUGGAAGAUUUCAGUUUUGGAGGCCUCAGGAAAGUUUUGAAUGAGGGGUUAGCUGCAUGUAGUUUGGCCCAACCGAGUUUCAGACACUGCCAGCCAACACAAACACACCAUGGAGAGCAGUCCACAGAGACCAAGUAUAGAAACCAGCACACAUGAUCACAGUUCUGCCUCCAUUGGAGCCAAUACCAAGGUGCAAGAACAGGAAAGUCUUGUCAGUGGUAUUGAACAGAAAAACAUGGAGGUGCAGUGUUUCUCUGACAGCCAUGCCAGCAGCAGCAGCAGCAGCAGCAGCAGUAGUAGACCACAUCUACGCAAACAGCGGCCAGUGGAACAACCUGCUCUGUUAUUUGAGGAUGAAGAUGAGGAGAUACCAGCAGUGCCAUCUGCUGAUCCUUGUAUUGUUCCUGCACUUUCGGAUCAAAGCAGUAUUGAUGCUGAUAAAGAUGCAGCAGAAGCAUAUUUAGAUCCAAAUGUGGUGAAUUUUUUUCUGAGGCCUGAAUCUUCAUCAAGUGGUUUAAGUCAACAGAAUGAAGGUAAAAGAAGGCCUGUCAGUUCCAGCACCAGUGAAGAAAUGAAUGAGACAAGUGAAAGUUGGCUGAUGACAACCAAAGGCAGUUUGGAACUAAAACAAACUUGGGUGCCUAGUAGUCCGCGGCCCUCACUAAAACAUGGGCAAAUGCUGCGUUCGCCUAGCGCCAGUCCCUCCAGGCAGAGUGUAGGUCUGGACCACUUAGAUAACUUGUGUCGUCUGAUGGAACAAUUGGCUGGAUUAAAGGAAGAAAACAACAAUCUUCGUAAGAAGUGCUCAUAUCUUGAAGAUACUAAAAUAUUACUUCAAGCUCAGAAUGAAAUGCUGGCCAAUAGUGCUUCUGAUGCAGUCUCUCAUGUUUCUCGUCAGAACAAAGUUGACAGAAAAGAGAGCGCUCGCUCUCGAAAAAGACUUCCUAGUGCAGAUUUUGGAGUUGAGGAAGCCAUCAGACAUUCGGAUCUUCAACUUGUAAAAAGAAGAACUCAGUCAACUGGUUCACUAGACAUCACUGACAAUGAUGUUUUUCUGCCCGGUGAAGAAAGUGCCAAUAAAAAACAAAAACUCAUCAAACAGUCCUCAGACGUCCCCUUGUCAAAGCAUGAAAAAUCAAAAUCUUCCCAGGACCCAAGAUUCAAGAGCAAAAAAAUCACCAAGUGGGAGAGGGUGAAGAUGGUGUUUACGGGGAAAGAACCAGUUAAUAAACUCCAGGUUCCAAAUGAGUCCUCGGCAGACAUGAGGUCUGAUGACAGCGGGAUGGGAGAGGAGGGGAGCCAUCAGAAACUGGAUACCUGCAGUGAGCCUACAACUCCCAUGGUCAUUGAGAGGGCAACAUCACAUGUUGAUAAUGAUGAAGAUCCAGAGAUGGCACAAGUUGUCUGGAUGAGGGACCCUGGUUGGGAAGAGCAGGGGACUGUUCUCCACCCUGGUGCUUCUGACGAUGCCUGCCUGGACAGCCUGAUGAAGUCUGCUCCGUCCACCACAGUGGCUGACCAAGUGUCCACUUACCUGGACAUCGACACCAUCAGUCUCAAGUCCAGUCCAGUCAUGUCGCGCAGGCAUACAUCUGGGUCAUCCAAGCACAGUCAGGUGUCUCUGCGCAGCACCUCCCCACACAGACAUAAAGGAGAAGAGAUGGAGCACCUGUCUCGUCACCCUGGAGGUGGGAUACAUCAUGCUAAGACUGCCUGGGGUCGGGUCAAAGAUAUCAUACAUACUAGAAAGGACAGCAUCAGGCGUAGGGGGCAUAAAAUAACUGACCAUGGGAAAGGGACAGAGUACUACUCUGAUGGCGACUAUGUAGAGUACUAUGAUGAAGGAAGUCCUGUGCCUAAACAGAAGUUCAGCAGACGAUUGGAUACAUCUGUAAGGUCACAUGACAGUUCGUCUCUACGGAGUCCCAGAGGGUCACCACAUACACUGAGAAAGCAGGGAUCUUCUGGAGGAGUUGAGGUAAACAAGAAGCACCCAGAUGAUGAUAAGAUUAAGAGGCAAGACACAGCCAUGGAACUCCAGCAAAACUUAUCUGAAGACUUUUUCAAGAAAAUGGAGGAAUGGGAAAGGAAGAAAGCAAAAAGUCCCUCCCCAGCCAAGCAGGUCAGUGGCAGUGUCCCCUCGCCUCCACCAUCCACCACUUCGGCCACUGUGGACACAGUGGACAUACAGCAGCAACAGCAACCCAGCCUAGAGUUUCUGCAAAAGAACCUCAGCGAGAGCUUUAACAAAAAGAUGGAGGAGUGGGAUAGACUGAGACUUCAGAAAGGUGGGCGGGAUCCUAGCCCUGCCCCAGGGGCAAUGGAAAGGAAAAGCCGUAAGGAUGACAAGGGGAAAAGCAAGAAAUUUAAACCAAAAUCUGAUGAGAAAAAGAAACGGAAGCAGAGCAAAGAGAGACCCAAGUCCAGAAAUGGGAAAAGUCCAGAUCAGAGGGGCUCAGUUCUUAUAGAAUCUGCAAAUGGAGAGUAUCUAGUUACGGAAGAUUUUGCAAAGAAAUUGCAAGAAUGGGAAGAGAUUAAGCUGAAGAGGGAAAGGUCAGCUUCAGAGCUGGGUAGCUCUCCACCCAACACAACAGCUAGGGACAGGAGCAAAUCUGAGGUGAUGUUUGGGGAGAUGUCUGGGCCUCACUCCCUCAGCCCUACCAGUUCCCCAGGCCCCAAGUCUCCAAAUGAGAAGACUAAAGAUACUGACAAUGUGGACUUCUUUUGUAACACACCUGACGAGUUUGCUAGCCUUGAAAAUACCAACAAAAAACUUGCUAGUGAACUUGCACAAAAGGAGGCUGCCUGCAGGAACUUGGAAAUGGAACUUGAUCAGUUGAAGAAUAAAAUACAAGAGAUUAGCCAAGAUCAUCAUCACACUAUUGAGAAGUACCGCCAUGAGCUGUGGGCUGGCAGUACAUUUGGUCACUUCACCCAGGAGAAGGCUGAGCUGGAGAGGGUGAUGUCACAGCUGAGACUCAGGCUUCAGGAUCUGGAACACAAUCAGGAACAGUUGGUCUUGGAGAAGAGUAAUCUUGAGGAAAAAACAAUCAAGCAAAUGGAGCAGCAUAAUCAAGCUGAGGCCAAACUUUUAGAAGAACUGAAAAGGUUACGGUCCCAUCAGUUGGCUCAAGGUCAAAAUGGACGCUUUCAUGUUGAUGACAAAAUGAAACAAGACAUUGACAAGUUUUGUGCACACAUUUUAAGAUUAUAUUGUAAGAUGAAUGACAUGAAGUUGGGGAUAAUGGAGAGGAACAAACUGGUGAAGGAGAUGAAGAGACAGAUGGUCCUGCAGGAAGUGACCAAUCUACUUCUGGAGGCCGACAGCAACCGGCGAGGACUAGAGCUGAAUUUUGUGAAGGAUGCUCAGAGAUCUGGCCACAUAAAGCGCUGGAAGACAUUUCAUGGCACAGAGGUUUGCCAAAGACAGGUGCCCCCAGGAAACCACAGUGUUGACUAUCACCUGACCAAGAAGUGUAUCCAUGCAGGACGGUUACACAGAGACAUCGAUAAGAUACUGACUCAGUUUCAGCAUGGACAGAGCGUGGACACAGCUGACCACUGUAUGGAGUGGCUGGAGGCUCUUAAAGAAGCGGGCAAAGUGAAACUAGAAACUGCCAUGGCUUCUAAAGAGACCUCUUCUACUCAGACGGACCCGCUGAAGUUGGAGGAUGUUGUGGUACGUCCAAAAUCUUUCCAUCCAGAAAUCACAAAAGUUGUUAAAACAGCAGAACUUGAAGGAAGCAGAAUAGAUAGUUCCUUUGCUGCAACAAAGACUAGUAAGGUUCACCAACAGUUCAUGAGCUUCCAUAAAAGAGAUAACACCAAGUGUACUGAGACUAGCCCUGUCUCUGAAAGUUCAACAUCUUCUGUCAAGAUGGAACAUGCUUCACCAAAACCUGAAGCCAUUGCUAUGUCUGCAUCAUCUUCAAAGACUGGAUCAGCCCAAGGAGCAGCAGUUGCCAAAGACUGGGCUGUUCAGUAUAAAACUAGAGCCUUUGAGGCCAAAGACACUUUCACAACCAAAACAAUUGCUUCUCAAAAACAGUAUCUGGAGGUGCCAAAACAGCGGGAUAGAUCUAGAAGUCCUGACCCUAAUACAAAGAGGGAACCAACAGCAGUGGCUCCAACAACAACUGAACCAAUUGCAUCGAAACAGGAAGGGAAACAUGCAAAAUUUAGCAUUGAAAAGCUUUCUGACAUUAAACUGGCAAAAUUUGGCCAAGAUGCAGGUUCACCAAAGACAUCAGUUACAAAAGUUCAAAAGGUUCCUGAAAAGGAAACCAGAUCAUCUGUCAGUUCCACCAAGGAUUUACUUGAUGAUACAAGUGUUAGACCAAGAGCUUCCAGCUAUGAAAGAAAGUCUACUGGCUCAGAUAAAGUAGGUUUUGUUCAGUACAGAAAGAUGCAGUUUGCAGAUGGCAGUGAUGCUGACUCUUCCUCUGGAAGUUUGAUUGACAAAGGGAGCAAGGAAAGCUCACCAAGACCUGACGAUACUGACAAAAAACUGGGCGAAUGUUCUAUGGAAUUCAAAAAAUGGAUGGAAGAUGAUGGGAAAAUUGUGGACAUAUCUCCUCAGAGUAGAGAGAAGAAAGAUUUUGAGUCAGUCAAAAGCAAAAAGGUUGAAAUGGGAUUAUCAACAAAUCUUGGUUUAGAUUAUAACAAAAAGCAGCUGAGACAAAGACGUGCUGGUCAGGAUGGAAAACCAAGCAAGGAAUUGUCUGUCUCCAUCCCUGCCAAUACCACAUCAUCUAACAAAGUUUUUAAUGCUGCUGAAGGUAAAGAUCUGUUUGCAAGACAAGAUGGCCAUGCAGGGACUACAGGGUCAUCAGAUAGCACCAAAUCAAAAAAUGAAGCAAAACCUCCCAGUCCCAUACAGAAACCUUUAAUAGAGCAUGUGUCACCGGUCAUGUCCCCAGUGAGGAAACUGAAGUCAGCAACUGAACUCAUGCAUGACAGUCAGAGCAGACGACAUGCAGCCAGGCUGGCCAAGAGAGAGAGUAUGGAGAAGAAAAUUGAGAAGGAGGAGAAAACACCGACAACUCCCCCUGCAGGAGAAAGUCCAAGAGUCCAAGCUGACAGGAAAUCCAGCAGGGUGUUAUCCAUUGUUAAAUCUUGGUCAAGGGAGAAUACCCCAGAACCUAACCUGAAAUCCCCUGUAUGGCCAUCCCCUGUCAGAGGAGAGCCUGCACUCAGUAUAACCAGGACAUCUUCACCAGCAUCCGUGGACUUCAAUGUCCGCAUGCGACGGCCAUCUUCUUCCUCUGUCACCAGUGAAGGGGACUUGACAAGGUUCAGAGCUGGACUCAGAGACUUGAUGCUCUCCCCCACUGAGGGCAAGGUACAAAAACUAAAGGAGGCUUUUGUAUCAGAGAAUUCAGCCAAACCAUCCACGGAAAAACUGUCUCCAGUGGGGAACACCAAGGCCAGCCCACUACGGAGGAAAUCAUAUGAGGCUCCAAAACACGGGACAGUAUUAAAACACAGCUCAUUGUUUCAAGGCAGGAUUGAUUCUUUUGAUUCUGAGAGUCCCCCCAGUGCUGGCAGCUCUCGCCAUGGCUCACAGACAAACUUGGACAAUCCUGCUCCAAAGGUCACCUCAAAGUCUCCACUCACUGAAAGAGAACGUAACCCCAGACAAACUCAAAAGAAAACAGAAGCCGAGAAAGAUGCCAGAGUAACAGAAAAAGAAAAUGUAAGUGUCAUGAAACAAACUGAUAUGUCCAAAGCCAACAAUGAGGGCACAAAAGAAACUGUGAGAAAAGUUUCUCCAAGGAAUUUAGAACCUCGCCAGAGAGCAUAUGGGCGUGCUCGCACUGCUCCAGUGCCAAGUUUAAGUUCUCAAUACACAAGCAUGGGAACCACUUACCUAAAGAAGAAAGAUGUCAAUGACAACACUGAUGACAAGGAAAAUGUUGCUGAUAAUGACAGCAAGGAGUGCCAAGGGGAGCAAAAUCAAGGGGAGACAACUGUUAGCGCUGACCUAAAAGGGGACACCCCCACCCAACUUAUGGGGAGUAGAAGGAGGGUGCUGAAACCUGAUACAGUCACCCAGGGCACAAAGGCUGUGACCCCAACAAAAGACAUACCAGUUACUGAUCAGCCAGAUAAAGUCAAAAUGAUGGAUACUAAAACAACUGUUUCAGUUAUGGAGAAGACUAACAUGGGACAGUUGAGGACAAGGCAGAGGAGGACAAUGGAAAUCUCAACCUCUGUUACUCCACCUGUAACAACCAGUCCUAAGUCUUCCAUUUCUUCAACAGCAGUUACUGCUUCUCCAACACAGGCCCCUACACCAGUGAAAUCCUCGACACCUUCAUCUGUUCCUUCUCCAGAGGCUAAGUCUGAGGAGCAGGUGCCCACAGCCUCCAGCAGGAGUCAAGAGGAAGACAAGAAAAAAAGCAAAACAAAACAGUUCAUGGAUAGUCACUGGCUACAGAAACCAAAGAGGUUUUUCAAAAUAUCAAAGUGUUAAAGUGAGGCAAGUAUGGGGACCAUUUGCUGGGAUUACUGACUGAAAUGACACUUGUUUCUCGACUCCACUGAGGCUUCUUUCUGCAUGACUGCACCACAGUACAGUUAUAAUUUGAAGGACUUGAAUGAUCACAAAAACCUCAAACAUAAACCAGAAAUAACUCAAUUCUUGGAAAUUGUUCUAUUUGUGUUUUUAAACUGUCCCUUGCAUGUAGUUGUUUCAUAUUUUCAUUAGUUUAUUUAUAAAAUGGUUUUGUAAGAUUUCUAUAUCAAUGAUGUAAUAUCUAUAGAAAUGAAAAUAUGACAAAUUAAUAAUUAUUUGAAAGGCAUGUGGGAGAUUUAUAAUAAUUUUGGGGCAAAUUAUUUUGCCAUCAUUCUCUUAAAAAAGAGGGCCCUGGUAAUGAUUAAACCCCAAGGAGUAAUGGAGUCAAGGAAGUCGAGAACUGCUGAGCCAUUUACCAUUCUUGUGGAAAUAAACUUAACACAGAAAUUAGAGCUUUCUCCACCUCAAUUACGGAAGGGUGCAGAGACUGAUUAAAUUGUUGAUAGGUGUGGAAACAAAUACAAAUGCAAGCUGAUUCCACCAGGAGAGCAGAAGUUGCUGAUCAGUUCUUUCCCCAGGGUCUCUCCCCAGGGUCUGGAAGCUCCACAGUGUCCCAAUGGAACCAGUUAUCACCAGUUACAGCCCAUAGUUUCCACUAUUCAGGUGAACAAUUAACACCAAUGAUUCCAUUGCUUUCCCGGUUCAACAGUUUUUAAGAAAUUAUGAUUCCAGGGAGGACAUUCUGAUGCAUAGCUGGCUGCAGUUUCAGUUAUUGGGAGCAGUGCAUUAUUGGAAUUGGUCAAUUAGACGUGUUCAACAGGAGCUAGAAUGGUGCCAGAGCUGAAACUGCCUGGAACAGGAAUCAAUACUAGUUGCAGCUUAAGAAAGAUAGGAGGCUUGAUGCAGAGAGAAAGUGGUAUUAGACUGUACCACUGCUCUGUUGGGUUGUGGUGUGUGCGUUCACUGAUCUUGCAAUAAACUUGGUUGCAAUGAACAAAUUGUUCAAUUGAUUUCUUUAGAGGAUAAGGCUAAACAAAUUAAAGAUGUUGCCAGUGCACAUUUAUACAAAUAUAGAAAUUGUUUGAUAUGCAACAAUAUCUCAUUCUUGUUAUAUUUCAGUUGAAUUUCAAAUUUGAAUAUGUUAAGGGAUAUGUACAAAAUAUUGCAAUACUUAAUUCGAAGCAUGACAGCUUUGUUCAUCCAAGUUCAAAGCAACAUUAAAAUUUAUUAAAUUAAGCUACAUCAUAGUUAAGGUGCGUAUCAGUUUAUUCUGUAGAUUUGUUUAACAUGAAAUAGAGUACUCUACCUCUUGAUAUUUAGUUUUAUAAUUUAUUAUUAUUUGUUGCAAUGUCUUCAUCUUGCCUUUCUGUCUUAUUUGUUCAUCAGUUUACACCAUCUAACUUGUACAUGUAUGAAAUACCAGUAUGUAAUUUUGAUGUCUCUGUAAUAUCAUGGAUUAUUGGUUCGUUCAAGGAGUUUCUCAACAGAGUUGAAACUCCUUGGUUCGUUUCAGUGUACAGAGUGAGGCAGCCUUGUGCCUUAAAGAAAUGGAAAUCAUAUGAGACAUCACACUAGACUAGAAAGUGCAAGAAUCUGCCUGAGCUCGGGUUAACUUUUCAGGACGAAACCCUAUGCGCCAGGAAUGUCGUCCUAGAAAGCAAUACAAAUGUCACAUUCAAAUCUUGGUUGAGCAACAGACUGUAAUUUGGCAGAACUCAUAAAAAAAAUGACCAGAAAAACAUCCUUUGGUGAAUUCUGCCAGCUUUUAUUUGUUGCCAC